GUGGAAAAGCCCCUGUGGCAUAACGCCGGAUGGCAGAGGAACACCGCUCUUCUCUCCCCUUAUAAUCCUCCACUUGCUCCCUUUUCUCCACCGGCAUCUGUUCACACCUGAUCCAAUCCCUUCCCUUCCCUUCCCUUUCAAAUCUUCAAUUCAAAUUGCUUUAUUUAAGCCACCCCCAUUCUCUUCUUGGGAAAGAAAAGCUUUGUCGUUUCGUUUCUCCGUUUUUCUUUCUUUUGGGAAACAAGGAAAAGAUUCAAUCUUUGCUUGCUAAAAGUAGAAUUUGCAUGGUCUCCCCCUCCCAUUUCGAGAUCAGAUGAUGAUGAUGGCUUAACUUUUUUUUCCUCCGGAUUGUUGUCUUCUUUCUGACUGUGAGUCGCUGCUAGCUUCGAAUUGAACAAGGCCAUGGCGCCAGAAAACAACUGGUUGUCGUUCGCUGUUUCAUCGGCGGAGAUGAUGAACUCGUCGUCUUCGCAGCCGCCGCCUGCUGCCACCUUCGCUCCUUCCGAUUCUCACCAUUAUUACUUUGCAGAGCAGUUCUACACCAACGGUUGGGCGAACCCGAAACCUGAAAUGAUGUAUUCGCCGGAAAACAGGGAAAGAGAAGUUGCCGGGCUGAGUCUGAACGGAGAGCCGUCGGGUUUUCAUGGCUUCAUGGAGUCACAAAUCCACCACCCACCGCCGCUGGAGGAUUUUCUGGGCGGGUGCGGCGACUCGGCGUUGGUCCGCUACUCGGAAAGCCAGACGGAGACGCAGGAUUCGUCUUCGCUGACACACAUCUACGACCACGGCGGCGGCGGCGGUUGCGCGGAAGCGUACUUCAACGAGCAGCAAGAUCUGAAGACGCUAGCUGGGUUUCAGGCGUUCUCGACGAACUCGGAGUCGGACGUGGACGACUCGGCCUCGGUUGGGCGGUCCCAGCAGGUGAUGAACGGCGGCGGCGAGUCAGUGAACGGCGGGUACUCACAGUGCGGGACGGGAGCGUUGUCUCUGGCGGUGAAUCCCCUGAGCUCCGAUAACUCCGCCGCCGCCAUUGUUGCCGUGGAUUCCGAGGGCUGCAAGAAAAUCACGGACACGUUCGGGCAGAGAACAUCCAUUUACAGAGGAGUUACAAGGCAUAGAUGGACAGGAAGGUACGAAGCGCAUCUAUGGGAUAACAGCUGUAGAAGGGAGGGUCAAGCCAGAAAAGGCCGUCAAGUGUAUUUGGGUGGUUAUGAUAAGGAGGACAAGGCGGCAAGGUCAUAUGAUUUGGCUGCACUGAAGUACUGGGGCCCAACAGCCACCACUAACUUUCCGAUUUCAAAUUAUAGCAAAGAAUUGGAAGACAUGAAGCAUAUGACUAAGCAAGAGUUCAUUGCUUCAUUAAGAAGGAAAAGUAGCGGAUUCUCCCGGGGAGCAUCUAUCUACCGCGGUGUGACAAGGCAUCAUCAGCAAGGGCGUUGGCAAGCAAGAAUUGGUCGUGUUGCUGGGAACAAAGAUCUCUACCUUGGAACUUUUGCGACCGAGGAAGAAGCUGCUGAAGCAUAUGACAUUGCCGCAAUAAAGUUCAGGGGCAUGAAUGCAGUAACCAAUUUUGAAAUGAGCCGAUAUGAUGUUGAAGCCAUAAUGAAGAGUGCCCUACCUGUCAGCGGGGCUGCGAAGCGCCUAAAGCUAUCUCUGGAAUCAGAACAGAAACCGCUUCCCCUUGUAGGCAGCAACCACCACCAGAACCAAAGCGGCAUAAGUUUCGGUGCCAUUCCGCCCGUUUCCGCCAUUCCAUGCGGUGUCCCAUUUGAUCCGACAACUUCCUUUUACCAUCACCAUGCUGGCUUGUUUCACCACCUCCACUCUGGUGGCAGUGCUGACAUGUCAAGCGAUGUCUCUGCUGUCCCGUUUCAGAACCCGCCAGCUGAAUUCUUCAUUUGGCCCCACCAAUCCUAUUAGCUGUUGUUUUUAUGAAAAUUUGAGAACAACUGACAGAUAGUCUGACCCGUUUUAACCCCCUGGCUGGCUUGGAAGUGAAGGGAUUUAUUUAAGGAUGAAAAGCUUUUUGGUUUUCUCGGUGGAAAAGCUAUAUAAUCUUUGUAAGAACCUGCUCUCUCUUCAGCUUAAGUAACUAAGUAAGCGGAUAGAUGCUUUGGAGAGCUCAAUGUGGAACUUUUUGUUGUUUUUUCUCAUCUAGGAUAACAUUCAUAUGAAGUUCUCCCUUCCCUUUUCAGAAAAUCGAUUUUUUACAGCACAAAAUUUGCUGUCCGAAAUGAUAAAAAACUGUCAAUCGGCUGAAAUACCAGGAUUUUGCUAUGCU